CUCGCCAGCGAGUGAUUGACAGUUGGCAGACGACUGCGGAACGCGUUGGAACUCCGUAGCACGCGUGACGAAAACCGGCGUCGCGUCGUCGAAAAAACCGCCCGCCGUCGGUACGACCCCCCUGUUUUGAUGAAACAUCACCGGCCACCACGACAUCAUUUUUUAACGACACUAAAUUACCGGUGAUCGAGAAAAAAUACAGUGCCGCGCGCGAAAAGUUUUUUAAUUUUUGUGUAAAGUGUUUACCUAUACCACAAUAAUAUUGGAUGACAUAAAGAAAGAGAGAUAUAUACAGUGUGCGAUAGUGCGUGUGAUUAAGUGACUAGAGGCCCUACGGAUUGGGUCGGAGGAGUUUGUUACAUGGCCCAGCCACGGGUGUAAAAGUUGUUAAGCGUAAAGAGGGAAUUCUUUAGAGAAACAUCAUCAUGGAUGUGCUACAAAAAAAUUACGACGAUGGCAUCCACUCGGGUUACAUGGACACCGGCGCUACGGGCGGCAUGUACGAGCCCCACGUGGCACACAGGCCCAGCAUUCCCGGACUACACCACUCGCCCCACUUGAACCAUGCCAUGCACCCGUACCAUGCGAACCAUGUGAACCCGGCGGCCAAUCACGUGAUGGGCGGCGCCGUACCCGACGUCGGCAAGAGAGAUAAGGACGCCAUCUAUGGACAUCCGCUGUUCCCUUUGCUAGCCCUAAUUUUCGAAAAAUGCGAACUAGCCACAUGUACACCCAGGGAGCCAGGAGUGGCGGGAGGAGACGUAUGUUCGUCGGAAUCCUUUAACGAAGACAUAGCGGUUUUUUCAAAACAAAUACGCCAAGAAAAACCUUAUUACAUAGCAGACCCAGAAGUAGAUUCAUUAAUGGUACAGGCAAUACAAGUGUUACGGUUUCACCUAUUAGAAUUAGAAAAGGUUCACGAGCUGUGUGACAACUUCUGUCACAGGUAUAUUAGUUGUCUGAAGGGCAAGAUGCCCAUCGACCUUGUGAUAGACGAGCGGGACAGCGGGAAGCCGCCCGAACUGACCGGCUCGACGAACGGCGACGGCGGUACGAGGAGUACCGCCGACUCCACGUCGCACACAGAUGGCGCUAGCACGCCGGAUGUCCGGCCCCCGUCGUCGUCCUUGAGCUACGGAGGACCUGUCAACGAUGACGUGCGAUCUCCCGGCACACCUGGACCCCUCUCGCAGCCGCCCGCGUCGCAGCAGAGUCUGGACGCCUCGGAUCCUGAUGCCAUGGGUAAAUGGUGUCCGAGGCGGGAAUGGUCAACGCCGCCCGAGGUAAGGGCGGCAUCAGAUGCCGCCCGAAGGGGCGUCCUAUAUUCCUCCGUCUUCCUCGGCAGUCCUGGUGAUGCAAGUAACGCGAGCGUAGGCAGUGGGGAGGGUACAGGUGAGGAGGACGACGACACGAACGGGAAGAAAAAUCAAAAAAAGAGGGGCAUAUUUCCUAAGGUCGCUACAAAUAUCCUGAGGGCGUGGCUCUUUCAACAUUUAACGCAUCCCUAUCCGUCGGAGGAUCAGAAAAAGCAAUUGGCACAAGAUACGGGUCUAACGAUACUUCAGGUCAAUAACUGGUUCAUCAAUGCGAGGAGAAGAAUAGUACAACCUAUGAUAGACCAAUCAAAUCGAGCAGUGUUCUCUCCUCACGCAGGUCCCAGCGGAGCGUACAGUCCCGACGGAGCGAUGGGUUACAUGAUGGGCGAGCAACAGAUGAUGCACCGGCCGCCGGGCGAUCCCGCCUUCCACAACCAGUACGCGCACUAUCCCGCCGAAUACUACGGCCACCAUCUGUGAGGUCCUCUCCACCAAACCGUCACAACGACUAUGGACAUAGAAAUAUGCAACUCUUAAAUGUGAUUUAAACUUUGUACAAAGUGUAAAUGUAGUGUCCCAGUGUUUAGAUAAAUUUUAACAAAUGGAAAAAUAUAAAAAUAUACACACAUGUCUCUCACUCAACACAACACACAAACCAAAAUACAAAUACACACAACCACGCAAGAAAGGAAAAUACGAAUAAAUAGUAAAUAACGGCAUAUACAACCAAACCACUAUGGACCGGACUUGUACAAAAGUAUUAAACUUAAUAAUUGUAUUGACUGCUGUAUAUAGAAAUAGUGAAAUGGGGCUAUGGGUAAUACCCCGAAGUGGUGUUACAGAGCCUGAAUAUUACUUAUACAUAUAAAUGAAAUAAUAGGUUUGUUUACUAAAAUUGCAACAACAGUGAUGUGGUAUCGUAGGUUAGGUUCCCUAAUGUGUUACCUACUUUUUUGACAACCUCGUCCUUACAUCCCCUAAACUCUACAGAGAUAAAAAUAUAACAUGAUCUCAAAUAAAUAUAAUUAACAACAAAAUAAAUAUUUUUAUUUCUUACUGAGUCAUAACUACGACUUGGUUAUUACUCGCUAAAGGGCAUUAUUAAACAACUUAAAGGUUGAUUAAUUAACUUUAAUCUUAAUUUUUUUAAACCAGUACCUUUUGACAUUAUUUUGCUGCAGUACUACAAUCC